UUCGUUGUUGAACGUGUGUGUUCAGACACGCGCGUACGCAUGUAUGCAUAUUUUUGUGCCAUGCAGCAGCAAGUAAGGAAGGCCUGUGUCUGUGAUUACUUGUUAUUUGUUUGAUUUUUAUAUACAUACAUACAUAUUUAUUUAUAUGUAGUAUGUUGUUGUUUUCUUAUUAUUAUUGUCGUCGUUAUAUUGUUGGUGUUGCCGUUCCUUUUGCUAGUGUUCAGCCAUUCGCAAAUUAACGCGCAACGACUUGAGUAGUCAAGUUAGUUAAGCCAGCCAGUCAAGCCAUUAGUCGUUAAGUCUUACGCUUAGUUUUAACAACAAACAAGUUCUCUUCUCAUGCCGACCGAUUCAUGUGUAACAACAACCGUUAGUUAUUAUUAUUAUUUUUAAAAAAACAUCAUCGUCAGUCAGUCCGUCAACGUGUAAAUACAUUUAUGUUGCAAACCACUACAACAACAACAUCAGCAACAGCAACUAUGACAACAACAACAACAGCAUGCCAUAACACAAAAUAAAAACUAUUAUUAUUGUGGCAAGUGCAAGAAAACAAACAAACAAAACAAAACACAAACAAACCAAUUUUAAAAACUACACGCGCUAAGUUAAAAAAAAAGUAAAUAAAUAAACUAAAUCAUAAAACAAUCGAAAAUUCUAAAUGCCACACUUUAGAUUCAAAUAUCGUUGACUGCCAAGCCGCAAGUUUAGCAACGAUCGGUCGAUUAACCAACCAACCAGCCAGCCUGUGUCCAUGUGCCAUGAUUUGAACGAAAUUUGUCUUCUGUUGCAAUGCUCGAGGUGAGAAAACAGCAGCAUCUUUUAUAUUCUAUAUGAAGCGAAAAUAAUUCAAGUUAAAUUAACAAAAACAUACAAAGAAAAUAAUCAAAAUAACGGUCACUUAUGAGAAAUAAAAAUAAUUGAUCGUGCACCUUAAUUUAAGAAAACCUAAAAGUAAUAACAACUAAAUAAUCGAAUCAAACGCAAUGUAUACGUACGUACGUACGUACUAGUGAUAGUUAGAUUGAUUGAUUGGUCAAUAGUUUAAAACAAAUUAAUUCCCUGGCAGUUAAGAAUAUAAAACAUAACAAAUUAAAAAAUAAUACAAAAUAAAAAGAUAAAUAAAAAUCAUAUACCUUUUAGUAGGUUAGUCAAAGUAAAAAACAAACAGCAGCAGCAGCUUUUAAAUUAACAAAAAACUUACAAAGAAAAUAAUCAAUAUAACGAUCAAUUUUGAGAAAUAAAAUUAAUUGAUCGUGCACCUUAAUUUAAGAAAACAUAAAAGUAAUAACAACUAAAUAACUAAUCGAAUUAUACGGAAUGUGUGCGAACUAGUGAUAGAUUGAGUAGUUAAUAAUUUAAAAACAAACAAACAAAUUCCCUGACAGUUCAGAAUAACAAACAUAACAACUAAAAAAAGAUAAAUAAAAAUCAUAUACCAAUUUGUAAGCAUCUUUUAACUUCAAUUCGAGGCGAACAUAAUUCAAGUUAAAUUAACAAAAACUUAAAAAGAAAAUAAUCAAAAUAACGGUCGUCAGUUUUGAGAAAUGAAAACAACUGAUGAAAACAUAACAAAUAAAUAAUCGAAUUAAAUGGAAUGAGUACGUACUAGUGAUAGUUUGAGUAGGUAAUAAAACAAACAAUUCCGACAAAAAAAAAAAUUAAAUAAAAAUCAUAAAAUUUGGUAUUUGGUGAAUUUACGUGAAAAAUGCAAUAAACAUAAUAAAUAAUAAAUAAUGUGUUUUUGGUUGUGAGUAGAAAAACGUUAGAAAUAAAUAAGUUAAUAAUAUUAUCUAAUUGUGUUAUUUCCCCAUACAAAUAGCACUACAAAGUACAAUAACAACAACUCUAUUUCUAACGAAUAUGUACAAGCCAGAGUAAACUAUUGUCAGUCAUAAACCAAGUGUGUGCCCUUCAAAAACCAACCACAAAAAUAAACAAUCAAAUACAACUCUUAGACAUUCAUGCCCGAUAAUCUGGGAUCCGUUUUGAACCAGACUCAGUUCGAAAUCAUGACAAAUUUAGAUGGCAACCUACAUCACAACCAAGAACAAAUAGAGUGCAUACAACAGCAACAGGAAAAUUGUUUCCAGGAAUUACAGCAUCAGUUAAACUCACAAUUAUGUGCUGUCGCACAGCAGACAAGUUUUACAACACAAACUACAAUACAGCAACAGCCGACACCAGCCGCAACAAUCGUGCCAUUUAUACCUGCAUUUUUACGUCCUCCUCCCCCACCACCUCCUCCACAUCUAGCGGCGGUGGCAGCUAGCAACCUACCAACAGUAUUGCAUUCACACGCCCUCCAUGCCUCGCAACAUAACAAGAUGACAAUGCAACCGAUGUGGUCCACAGCAGCUGUUGCAGCAGCGCAUUUACAGGCCGCCUUGGCAGUAGCGGCAGUGGCCGUCAAUAGUGACAGCAAUAGUAACAACAGCGAUCCUACGAAUAAAAUAAUCAACAACAAUAAUUUAACAGCUGUUGAAAAUGGGUCGUCGUCGUCGUCGUUGGCGCAUGAAUAUGGCAUGGGAAACAAGAGCGUGUUAGAAAGCAUAGGUUCGGAAUUAAAUUUCGUUGAUGUGGUGGCGAGUACGACUACACCACCUUCUACACCUUUGUAUAAUGUAAAUAAUAACAAUAAUGAUAAUAAUAAUAACAAUAGCGCAUGUCCUUCGCCAACUUCAUGUCAUGCAGAUGAUGCCAUUGAACACAUGCAGGUCGAUACAUCCCUGGAAGAUGAUACAGACCUUAUGUCCAGCUCAAAUGGAACCAACAGCCCGAGAUCUAAUUCAAAUAGCUCAGCUCAGGAGGAUGUGACAUUAACGGGCAAAGAAGAAUCCCUGGAUGAUGAGGAAUGCACAUAUGCUCCGUUGAACUUAACAAAACCAAAGUAUUCAUCAAGAUCAUCGAUUGAUGCGGCGAUCAAUAGUGCCAUUUUAAUUAAGCGGGAAAAUGAUCGCCUUACACCCGUCUCCAACUGUGAUUCACCACUGCACUGGCAAUCAUCUUCGUCUUCCAAUGCCGACACAAAUUUUGUGGCCAUCCACAUUUGGAAUAAUCCAGAAGCGCAAGAAUCUGAUACGAUAGCUCCAUUCAAUAACAUUGAGAAUAUAUCAGUUACGCGAGUUACGCGUAGUAGUCGAGAUUCGACUAGUGCAUGCGCUAGCAAACGGAUUACCGAACCGUUUAGCCCUGCUGUUAAUCAAGAACUGAAACUGGCUAGUGGAGGUAAACAAUCGCACACGCCUGCAUCGUUCUUGCCACAAGACAUCCAUUCCAAUUUACGCGACAGUUGCAGCAAUAGCCGAGACACCACCAGCAGCCAUGGACAUGGCUAUCACAGCAAACAGCAUAUAAAACGACCGAUGAAUGCUUUCAUGGUUUGGGCCAAAGAUGAGCGUAGGAAAAUUCUUAAAGCAUGCCCAGACAUGCACAACUCGAAUAUAUCGAAAAUCUUGGGAGCCCGUUGGAAAGCCAUGACAAAUGCCGACAAGCAACCCUAUUACGAAGAACAGUCGCGCCUUUCCAAGCUACACAUGGAACAACAUCCCGACUAUAGAUACAGACCCAGGCCGAAACGCACCUGCAUUGUGGAUGGUAAAAAGAUGCGAAUUUCCGAAUACAAAGUUCUAAUGCGCAACAGGCGGGCCGAGAUGCGACAACUUUGGUGCCGUGGGUCUGGUUCCCCAGGUUCGAAUAUUCCGGGCUCCGACCGACCACCAUGUCAUCAUUCUCCCGAAUGCGAAGACGACGUUCAGGCAGCCGUCAAUGCGGCCUAUCAACUCCAGGAUAUGGGCCAAGCUGUAGCCGUAGCAGCCGCCGCUGCAGCAGUAGCUGCUGGUAUCAAGAACAUGGACGAGGGCAACUCUAGUUUAAUAGAUCGUGCCACUCCAACCACCAGCAGUAGCAACAGCAACUAUUAUCCCGCUGAAAGUAUAUCAGAGUUGGAAUUUGUUAGCGAAAGUAAUGCAAUUGGUUUUGAAUCUCGCGAUGACGACUGAGUGGAUCAAUAUUAUUCUCAAAUUAUUAUUAUUAUACGUAUUAUGAAAUUAUAGUAAUAUAAGUGUAGCAUAAACAACAGCAAACAAUACUUAACUAGUAAAACAAAUUUUUGAAUAAUGACACAAAUACACACACAAACCUACGUAUGUAUGUAUGUAGGUUACAUAUACACACAUACAUAUACAAAUCCACAUAAAUAUUUCAUACAUACACACAUGCAUAUACAUACAUAGAUGUAUGAAAUACAAUCUAAGGAUUUACUUAUCGCAUAUAUGUACAUAUGUAGCAAGUCAGUCACUAACCGUAAAAACCCUAUAUCAGACAUUUCGGCGAAAAUGUGUGUCAUAAUUAUGUACAUAUAGGUUAUUUGCCACACAAACAGCAUCGUUGCAGAGAAUGGUGUGCAAAAUUUCCGAACUACUACCAUGUUUAUUCCUUAAUACCAACAUUUAUAUUUUCCACUACAAAAUAAAAAUUAUAUAGCGAAGAGUUCCCCAAAUAAUUUUAAGGGCCGUUUUCUCAUUAGGUGAUUAUAUUUUUUCCCAACGAAAAACUGCAGAUUAAAGAAAUUUGGUUUUCUCAAUGUCUCAUUCGCUUUUAUUCUGUCGCAAAGCUAACCCGACCUCAUCUGCCAAUUAUUUAUUUAUCGUACAGAUAAAUUCAAUCAGCUGACUGCUGUUCAUAGUUUUUAUGUGUUUGUGUUUUUGUAAACGAUAUUAAAUAGAUUUUACAAAAAAAAAGUUUAAUAGAGGAAUUAACAUUAAUUUGAUGGAGGAUGAACUCGAAGAACAUGAGUUCCAAGUGAAUGCUGAAAGAGUUUAUCAUGCCAGGCCUAACUACCUGGCAGACAUGCAGGAUAAUGAAUUUUUCAAAAGAUUCCCGCUGUCGAUGGCCACAUUAAACAGCUGAUUUAUGUAAACAAGUUGUCACUUGAAGGCAGGGUUCCCAACAUUCACAUCUUUUUUGAGAGGUAUUGCCAACUGAAAAUAAUGUUUUUUGUCGGUAUAUUGAGAAAACCAAAAUUGUUAACGGACAGUUUAUCGGCCUAAUAAAUGUAUGUCGACAUUUAGUAACAGACAGUUUGUCGAUACAUUGAGAAAACGGGCCUAAAAUUUGCUAUUUCAUCUUUCGUAUGGAUUGGAGAAUCGCCCAAAUUUGAUAAUAUUUAUCUCGUUUAGACAGUCUAUGAACAGUAUAAUAAGGUAAAGAGGUACAAAACUGCAUAUACAUACAUACGUUUAAGUAGGAAAUUAAAAAUAUUUAAGAUAUCACAAUAUCUUUAGGUUGAUUCGAAUAUUACUCCAUGUGGUGUUCCUUAAAGAACUUACAGAUAAUUGUGCGUCCGGCAUGAGAUUUGCUAAUUACCUUUCCCUUUUCCUAAUAAAACUAAUAGAGAAACCUAAAAAAAAUUACAUUAUUCUAAUCCACUUCAAGCUCUAAUACUUACUAGAUAACAUUUACCGCUAGAUAACACAGGGCAACAAAAUCGAAAAAAUUGUGGAGGCUUUUUAAACCACUACACAAUUUUGAUGUAUUGUGGUUCCAGUAGUACAAAAAUGGUAAAAUUUUUAAAUUCUAUGAAUAGUUUUUUUUUCUAAAAUUUAAAAUUUUUUUUAAAUGUUUCUCCUCAUAAUUUAUAAUAACUCAAAAACGGUUAGCCCGAUAUUAUGGAAUUCAAUAACCUUUAAUCCGGUUAUAUAUUGCGUUUUAAUCGGCUCAGUAGUUUCGGAGUUAAAAUAACAAAUUGAAGCAAAAAAUAUAUUUUUUACGUGAAAAUAGCUAAUUUUUGUGUUUUAAAAAACUCAAGGAAAAAUCGAAAACGUCAGAUAGGAACAAAAUGAGAUAUCGAGGAUAAAAAUCGAUUGAUUCUUUUCGAAUUUAUUCACAAUUAAGUGAAUUCGCUUAUUUACAAAAUUUAACUUUUUUGUUUGAUAUACGUAAAAUUAAUGUUCUUCUUUCGAUAUAGCCAUGUCCGUCUGUAUGUUGAAAUCAACUUUCCGUAGCCCCCAAAUAACUUAAAUAGGUGAUUCAUACAUCAAUAUGUGGGAAUUCUUCCGGCUCGUUUGCUAUUUAAAAUCGACAAAAUCGGCCCAUAAAUGGAAAAAACCGAUACAACCUCGAUUUUUGCCCUAUUAUUUAUCUAUAUCUGGAUUACUAAGUCAUUCAUAUAAUGAUAGAUACUUCAAAGUCCAUUGCAACGAUGUAUGUAAGGCAAUAGUAAGUUGGACCUACAAUGGGUCAAAAUCGGGAAAAAUAUUUUUUAAACAAAAAUUUAAAAACAAUUUGGAAAAAGAAUAUAGCUCUCUUACUUGUUGAAUUACUAUUUUUUUUCUUUUUUGUGAAUCAUUGCUCUCUUCGUUAUAAUGAAAUGAGCUAUAAAACAAUAGUAUACAUAUGGGCAAUUCCAUAUCAUCGGACGUGACAUUUGUACGCCUAUAGAGUGGAAUAGAUUUUGCAAAAAUAAGAGUAUCUGAACAAUAAUUUGUUCUUUAUGUUCCAUUCAGAGCGUACUAUAUUUUCAAAUAAUAAACAGUUCUUUCAAAAUAUUAUUGUCCAAAAUAUUGAGCGAAAUAAGGGUAUAUCGUACGUGACAUAAAACAGAACUCAUUUUGAGGUACAUGUAUGCGAAAAUAUUCGAAUCGUGGAAUUGUCCAUAUGUAUGUAUGUAUAUAUAAAUUGUUUACAAUAAACACAUCUGGGAAAUCUGCAAUUAUUGACUUCAACGUGUAGCCAUCAGUGAUGAUAACUUUAGUAAUUUAUCGCUAAAUUUUUUUAUUUUAGCAGAAAAACAAUGCUUAUGCUUUUUUAAGUUACCAAUUAGUAACAAAAGAAAACGAAUAAUUAUUUUUUUGGGUUUGUUUAAUUUUUAUAAAAUUGCGAUUAGAUUUGAGUUUGGUUUUUUGCUUAGAAAGCAACAGUUAAAAGUUAAAGUAAGCUUUUGUAUAUUCGAUAAAUUGAAUUAAAAAUAUUUUUUAAUUUACAGCUAAAUGUAAAAAUAACUGUUAUUUUCUGAGCAAUAAUAAUUUUUAAUGUUGAGUUUUAUACAAUAAUAAGAAUUAAAUAAUAAAAAUCAAUACACUAAAUGGUAGUCCUUGUGAUAAUGAUUAAUUUAGUGUACAUACUCCUUAUGCACGCAGCAUUUCUCUUUAAUCAUGAUUAUUUUAGUUAAAAUAUUAAAAAUAAUUAUUAUUAUUUGCCAUGCCAUAUUAAUUGUUAAAAAUUAUGAUUUUUUAUUAUAAAUAUUUUUUUUUUUAAUUAGAAAAAUUAUUAAAAUUAACGCCAUAAAUAAGUAUAUGUAUAAAAAUUGUCAAUUAAUAUUUCAAUUUCGAAAUGACAUUAAUUUUGAGUAGGAGACCUCCGUGAGGUCCUGGCCGCGGACCCCGGUUGCCCUUAUGGUAGAGACGGUACUUGGUAUAUAUGUAUGUGUGAGUCUGUGUUAUGAACAUGUUUGGGAUCGGAACACUUAUUUGGAACUAGUCCCUAUAUAUUUUUAUUUAUACAAAUACCAAAAAAAAAAAAAACAAUAUAUGUACAUUGAAAUUUUUUUUAAAUAUGUAUUUUUACACCAACAAAUAUAACAAUUCGCUUAAGAAAAUGUGAGAAGAAUUCUAAUUUUACCAUGCAAGAUCUCUAAAUAUACUCGAAAACAUUUUAACUAAUGUACACUGAACUAGUUUCGCAUUUGGUUUGAUUUUUAUUGAGUUUUCUUACAAGUAGACUGCCACAAAUAAUUAUAGAUAGAUUUAUGGAUAGAUAGUUAGUAUGAAGUAAUAUAUUUACCUAUAAAUUACUUAUUAUACCCAGCGCUUAAAAAUGGGGAAUUUAUUGAUUUUAAAAUCAGGAUGCUCCCCAACUAAAGCACUGUCCGCUAUAUUUUUUUUAAAGAAGAAGUUAAAGAAGAUAGCAUAACUUAUUCAUUUAUUAAUUGAUGUUUAUACCCACCAUCGAAUAUAUUGAUUUUGUCAUACCGUUUGUAACAUAUCAAAAUAUUUUGGGUCCUCAUAAGAUUCGAAGACGAUCUAGCUAUGCCCUUCUGUCUGUCCGGAGCUAUCUGGCUGAAAUAUUCCACAAGGUUUGUUUGGUAUUGAAAAUGGGCAAUAUUGGUUCAGUAGUAUUUCACCAAGCCCUCAUACAAAUAAUCCCCCAACAUUUGUCCCUAGUCCCCAUACAAGGUCCCCUCAGAAUAUUACUUGAACAUUAAUAACACUGUGCUUUAAAUUUAAUUUUAAAUUUUAAAGUGAACCCGUUAUUUUCGGUCUCUGAUUUAAAUCUUUUUUUUCUGUCAAGAAGGGCACCCAGUGGCUUAAACUAAUUCGGGUACGGUGAAUUCAGUGGUGUUAACCGUUUUUUUAGGUUAGCUCGUAUUUUCGAGAUAUUUCGAAAAUGGAGGAGGUUGCACAACAUAUAUUCGCGUAACUCAAAAACCGUUUAGUUUAUUGUAAAAAAUUAAAAACCGAAAAUCCGCAAUAAAAUUAACUUUAAGAAAUACUUAACGUGUUUUUAAUCUUCAAAAUUUUUGGUUUUUAAAACGGCACGAAAAAUUGGAAAAUCCAUAUACGAUCUUAACUUUUUCUAAGCGUAUAGAAAAUAAUGUUCCAAAGAAAACAAGAUCUAAAUGAUUAAAAUCUGUUUACAACUUUUGAUUUUAUAAACAAAAGAUCAAGCAAAUAUCGCCUAAUAACAUUUUAACAUUUUUCCCACAUUUUUACAAAAAGUCUUCUAUAAAUUUUUUAAUUCUUAAAAAUUGUAUACAUUUUUGAAAAGAAGAAAAAAAUUCUUAUACGUUGAUAUAUCUUAUCUUUUCCACUAGUCAUUUAAAUAUGGAUUCAAAAUCAAUAACAAACAGAAAAUUUACAGAAUCUUGGCGUUUUGUGAAAACGGCACUUCAUUGCCGACUCUUGCAGUGUAAACAAGGUGCACAAUGUAGAUAAUUACUACGAGUUAUGUAUAUUAUCUUUUGUGAAUAAAAUUCAAAGUUGUGGACAAAUUUUAAUCAUUUAGGGCUUGUUUUAUUUGGAUCUUAAUUUUCUAUGUGUGUGAAAAAAAUUAAGAGCGUAUAUGCAUUUCUAAAUUUUGCUAAAAAUAAUUUUUUGUUUGCCAAAAAAAAAUUAUAUUUCGAAAACGACUGCGAAUAUUAAAAACGUGUUAAGCCUUACUUAAAGGUAAUUUUAUUGUGGAAUUUCGAUUUUUCCAUUUUCGAAAUAACGCUAUAUCUCGAAAAUUCGAGCUAACCUAACAAAAGUUAGUGCCACUGAAUUCAACGUACCCGAAUUAGUUUAACCCAUUGGGUGCCUUUCUUGACAGAAAAAAGUGUCAAAUUCGUGCACAAUGUAAUUAACAUUAUGAUGAAAUUAAACAUAAACAAUUUUUAUACGAAACUAAAUCUUUCUACUAACUUUUAUGAGGAUCGGUCCAUAGUUGAUCCUACCCCCUUAUAGUCAUUAUAUGAGAAAAACUAUUGUUAUUUUAUUAUUUAUGUUUUGGAAAGCUACUUAAGAAAAACAUAUUUUACUGAUUCACGAUGAUCCAACCGAUUUUUAAAAUUUCUCUUUUAUUUGAAAGGUAAAUCAUGCAUAUUUUUAAUAAAAUAAAAAAAUUUUAAAUCAAUUUCCACACAACACACUACAGAUUUCUUGAAGUUGUAACUUUAAGAAUAUCAUCAUUUCAAACUUAUUUAGGAAAAUAAAUAUAAACAAUUUAUUAAAACUAAUCUAUCUAAUUGUUUGUGGUAAAAUCUUCUAUGUCUAGAAAUUCGUGUAACAGAAGUUAGAUUAGAAAUAACACUGCAUUAAACUAUUUUUGUGAGCAGCAUUCAAGAACUUUGCACGAUUUUCGUAGUGUUGUUUCCUCAGAACACAAAAGUCCAAGAUCAGAUCCAGCAAAUAAUGCCAGAACAAAAUAAGAGAAAGAAAGAAAGAAAAAAAUAAUAACAUAAAUAUGUAUACACAAGAAUACAAUCGCAAAACAAAUUACAAAUUCUAUGCUAUUCAUACAAACAAUAUAUUAAUAUACAAAGUAAUUUUUGUGCCAUUUUAGUACUAGUUCGUAUAAUUAUAAAAGUCUUUUUAUUUAUUAUUAGUAUUGUAUUUUUAUAUAAUUUUAAACAUAAGUCUAGAUUAAUUAUGCUCUUAUAUAUACUAUAUAUAUAUACUAUAUAUAUAUACAUAAAUACAUACAUUUACAUACAUAAGUAAUAACAUGGGUAAGUGUCAGAAAUUUUCCUUGCAAAUAUUUAUCGAAUAAUAAAAUUAUGAAAGAGAAUUAA